UUUAAAAAAGAGCAUCAGGUUUCAUAAUUUUAUCAUUUAAGCAUGUUGAGGUCUGUAAAGUUCUUCUUUCAAUACUAGUUAAGUUCCAUUUGAAGUCAAUUUGUUUCCAAAGAUCUCUUUAUCGAUUUUGAAAAGUGAAGGAAGACUGCGAUACUCACUCAGGUGAGAUUAUAUAACCACAAUGGGAGUCCAAGAGUUCUUUCAUUUACCAGUUCUCCUCUUCAUGUUGGUAUCGUUUCACUCAGUUGUUGCUCAGUACCACCUUGAUACACGUGAAGUCUCCAUCUUGGGUAAGAUGCUUCAAAAACACAUUUUUAAAACAAUCAUCGGAGCAGCAUUCGGUGAUGAGUGUUUGCGAGAAUGUUAUCGUGACGUCAGAUGCCAAAGCUUAAACUAUGUGUUCACCCAAGACAAGUGUGAGCUGAGUAACCGCACAAAGGAGGCCAGACCUGAAGAUUUUGUACCCAGCUUUGAGAGAUAUUACUUCAGACGAGAUACGAAGAGAGCUAUUCUCGGUGCCAUUCCAGAACUGCCUGCAGACUCGUGUAAGGAAAUCAAGGCGAGUGAAGGUGGAAAAGCGGUCAGCGGCAAAUACUGGUUGAAUUUCAUCAUAUUGGACACUCCUGUGUUGACUCACUGUGACAUGAAAACAGAAGAUGCUGACGAAUGCAAUACCUCCAUUCGUAUUUGUGAUGAGAACGCGGACUGCAAAAACACUCUGGGAUCGUAUCGUUGUUCUUGCAAAAAAGGUUUUUCUAGAGAUGAACAUACUUGCCAAGAUAUUGAUGAAUGUGUCAGCAGCGAGCACGACUGCCAUGAUUUGGCUUUAUGUACCAAUACUGUGGGGUCCUUCACCUGCUCAUGUCACCAUCCGUACGUAGGGGAUGGAAGAUCUUGCAACUUUGCGAGCCCGUCAGAAUGUCAAAACUAUCAAAGUCUGACAGGAGCAGAUAGAAGGAUAAAUUACACGAACCAAAACACGACUUGCGACGAUGGACUCAAGGGUUGGUACCGUCUGGAAGGAGCAGCAGGUACAAGAAUGCCCACUUCAUGUCCACCUAAAAACCAAUGUAACACUCACGCAUCCGGUUGGCUAAAUGGUGCUCAUCCCACAGUGGCUGAUGGUCAGGUAAACGGGACAGUUUGCUUCCACUGGGUAUCAGACUGUUGCCACUGGUCAAGUUCCGUCAAAGUGAUAAAUUGCGACGGUUACUAUGUUUACUACAUAACUGGCACACCCGGAUGUUACCUCCGAUACUGCAGCACAGACUAA